AUGGCACACGCAGCAGCUCUUCCCUUGUCUCCUCCGCUCACAUUCAGAAAUAAGAAACGUCGCAUACAGUGGGAUAUGGGAGACUACCAGCAUUCCAUGACUUCCGAGUCGUGCGCCCCCCUUUUCUCAGCACCUGACAGCCAGAGGAUGAUGUCUUACGGGAACCCGGAUUUUCCAGACAUCUUAGGGUUUGACGACACACUCCUGAAUAGUGAAGUGCAGUUGCAGAACGAUAUGCCCGGAGUCCUUCCCAUACCAUCAAGCAGCGCGAGCCCCUUUGGCCUCAUCGCCGCCGACAUUCCUUACCCCGGUGGUAUAAAUGCACCAGUAGCACCUGAACUCAAUCCCAACUCGGAACAGCAGUCGGGCUUCAACCUAAACAACCGGAACAACCAGAUCAAACAGUAUAAGCGUCGCAAAUCCCAUAAUAUCGUGGAAAGGCGGUACCGGGUCAAUCUGAAUGCCAAGUUUCGCAAGCUCGAGGAGGUCGUGCUGCAGGGUACUGCUUCGCCCUCUCCCUCGUCCCCUUACUCGUCACAGCAAACCCCGUCUCCGAGAAGGCCGUCUUCUCCUCAAAAGACAAGGUCCAAGGCUCGUGUUUUGGAUGGCGCGUUGAGUUACAUUGAGAGCCUAGAGAGCGAGAUUAGCUCGUUGAAGGAGGCGAUGGACGUAUCAAAGGACUGA